AUGGAUUCUGACCUCCUAACACGUGGCCUCCUGUAUCUCUCUCUGGCCACGGUGGGAAUCCCGGGCAACAUUGCCGUGAUCUAUGCCUUCCUGAUGGCGCUGCACCAUGAGCUGCGUCUCCUUACAGCCGAUGCCAUUGUGCUGCACCUGGCGCUGGCCAACCUGCUAGUGGUGGCCAUUCGGUGCGUGCUCGAAGUAUUUGCUACCUUCCAAAUCGUCAAUGUUUUUGAUGACACUGGUUGCAAGAGUGUCAUUUUUGUCUACAGGACAGCACGUUCGCUCUCCAUCUGGCUCACCUUUGUGCUGAGUGCCUACCAGAGCCUGAGCAUUGCACCCCCAGGGUCACGCUGGGCAGCUGCCCGGGACCAUUUCGCCCAGUUCCUUUGGCUCAUCUUCUUGAUCGUGUGGAUCAUCAACAUCUUCAUGAGCUCACCAUCCAUCAUGUUCGCCAUGGGUGCCAAGAACAACUCCAAGCUCCUCCAGAACAGCAUUAAUGUGCAGUUCUGCUUCGUUAAUUUCCCAUCAGUGAGCAUGAAGGAUGCCAACGGAGCACUGCAGACAGUCAGAGACGUGGUGCCCAUGACACUCAUGACCACCACCAGCCUCAUCAUCCUUGUUUUCCUCUACAAACACAGCCAGCAGGUCAGAGCUAUCCGAGGUGGUGGUGGCGGAGGAGGAGGUUCUUCCGAACGCAGGGCAGCCAUUACUGUUGUCACAUUGGUGAUGCUGUACGUUGUGUUGUAUGGAGUGGACAAUGGACUUUGGGUUUACACCAUAAUUGUGAAUCGGGCAAUGUCAUCUGCACUCAUCUCAGACCUGCGCAUCUUCUUCUCAUCCCUGUAUGCUGCCAUGAGCCCCAUCGUCAUCAUUGUGUCCAAUAAGAAAGUGAACAAACAUCUGAGGUGUGUUUCCUUCUCAAAAUCAGCAGUUUCACAGAUAAAGUAAAUUAACAAUUUACAGCUAUAUUAGGCUCCAUUUAUGCUUUGGAAAGGAACGGUUUCAAAUACAAUACAAUACUCAAGUUCUUGAGAGAAGUUUACAGCAAGGGUAUGAUUUCAGCUGAAUCUAUACAAAUCAACUGUGUGUGUGUG